AUGGGGUUCUUCAACAAACCACUCCUUCCAGCACAUUUCGAGAACGAGGAUGUGCAGAUCAGUGCCGAGCUCUGCUCGAACAUUGCCAUCAACGUUGUCGGUCUCGCCAAGGGCGAGAUCACAAUUCUGAGCGGGAACGAAGACGUGAUCCAGAUCCGGACAAGCGUCCAAGCCAAGGAGUCGAUCCUCAAGAACGCCGCCGCCCUCGAACCCGUCCAAGACGGCAACCAAUACACCUACACCAUCCACACUCCCCUUGAAGAAAGGCUCGAACGCUCCGUUACCUUCCAAGUAUUCGUCACCAUUCCUCGACACCUCGACAGCCUCGAGUCUUUUGCGAUCCAGGGGACGAACAUUGAGCUGUCGAUUGGAAAUAUCUCGCAUACCUUCAUCAAGAACUUGUCGAUCGUGAAUGCGAAGGGGGAUGUGACGAUUGAGAGCUUCUAUGGAGAGAUUGCGACGAUUAAGAAUACCAUCUCGGGAGGGAUCCAGGGAAAGUAUUCGGUGGCGAGGUUGUUCGCGACCGCGAGAUCGGGAAAGAUCACGUCCAAGAUUCAUUUGUUGAACACGGAUGAGAAGCAGCCAGCUCCCAAGGUCAUCUGUGCGACCUUGCAUCACCCCGUCAGCGUCGAUGUCGAUGGGACUGAUCUCUUUGGACCCUUCACUGUCGAAGCCAAGACGCAGUGCCAGCCCUUGGAUGUCAAGAUCUUGCUCGCCAACAAGGAGCAACGCCUCCUAGGCAACUUUAUCAACUUUGGAGGCCCUACACGGAUCAAGAUGUCUGGCAACUACCAGGGCAGGAUCGAAGCCCGGACGCAUUACGGCAAGAUUGUGAUUGACGAACCCGAGUUUGAGGUCCUUGAGGGCGCUACCCUUUCUGUCCCUUCGUUGAGUGAUCGGUACCAUACCCAUAACCAGCAGCAGUCGACGCCCAACUUGACCACCUCUGCCGCCUCCAUCUCCUCUUCGGGGUCCUCAACCCACCACCAGUCGACCGCUAUGUCCUCCCGGACGUCCUCCCAAGGCAGCACCACUGCACCCAGCACACCGACGAAAUCCAAUCCUGCAACCUGGGACCGGGACGACCCCCGUCACCAACAGUCCUACCUCAACCACCCCCACAACGGCUCCCAGUACCCCAACCACCACCAUCACCAUUCGCCCCCCGCCUCAGGAACCAACUCUCGCGAUGGAUCCUUGCACGGUUCCUUCUCGGAGACGCGGUCGGUCCAUACUAUAAAGUCGUCGUCGGACUUGGGCAAGAAGGAUAAGGAGUCUGUGAAUACUCGUGAAGUGAUUGGAGUUAUUGGCCAUGGGAAUGGGCUUGUUAUGUGCAAGAACCAGAGUGGCGAUAUUCACAUCACUUUGAUCUAA